AUUGCUAUUGACGAUGGGGUUUGAUGAAUCGAUAGCUGCGUUUGCCACGACCGCUGUUGGAGCUUCAGACUUAGCGGGAAAACUAAUUAUUUCAUUAAUAGCAGAUUACAUUCCGUUCCCGAGGCUCUUUCUCUUCCACAUCGCAUCUCUUAGUGGGAUUGGACUCAUGUUUACAUUAAUGUACAUCAAAUCUGUUGUAGCGGUUUUCAUAACUUCAAUCGGCAUUGGUAUGCUGGUAUUAUCUCUAAUCAACACGUCACCAUACACAUCGACAUUUCAAGUCUUCCCAGGUCGAGGUGCUAAACCUAUGACAACUUCAAUCAUCGCUGUUGGAAUAGGUAUUAUUCUGGGUACAGUUUACGGAACCAGUGCAGACCUAACUGGAUCAUUCGAUGGAACCUUGUAUAGCUGUAUUGGAGCAUAUUGUUUGGCCAUUAUACUAUUCUCUUCUGUACCGUUAUACCAGAAGAACUUCGCAAUUGAAAGAUACGUCAUGUGGGACUAUGUCUACAGAUACCGAUGGACCCAAAGGGCCCAGAAGACGAAUCCAAACUUAGAAACCAGAAAACAUUUUGAUUCACCUAAAAUGAUAUGCUAGGCAGAAAUUUGAUGUCGUCUCCUUUGUAACAUCGAUAAAAUAUACACAUAGAGAACACAUAUGUCUAUGGACUGAUCAGGCCCCAGUUUAUAUGAAAAUCAAGCGGACAUUAUCAAAAUCCCAAAAUCAGUUUCUCCUCAGGUAAGAACAUCACUAUAUCAUAGCCAUCGGGUCAGAUAGUAGCAAUUCCUGGUGUUAUAUAAUUUUGCCUGAUCCCCCCCCCCCCCAACUCCGGGGUCGAAGGAAACUCAUGCAUGUUCUCAAAUAUAUGUUCGGUGAAGGGGUACUUUUUCGCGGGACAAAUCCGGCCCGCGAAUUGUAAGGUCUCUCUCUCUCUUAAUUUUUGGACUCCUGAGAAAUUUAAAAAGGGGGUUAUAAAAUAUAUUAAAUAUAGAAAAUAUGAUCAAAGUCCGGGAUCAAAUUCCUGAAAUUCCUGCUAGUUUUGAAAGCUUGUCCUCCAUCAUGACAUCAGGGAACCUCUAUUGUAAUGACAGCUUACCCGAGAUGAAGGGGUUGUCUGUCCAAAGAUAUGGGGUUGGAAUGAAAGCUCAUCUUAGAUAGGGGGUACAUUGAGGCUUUGAGCAGUGUUCCGGAUUUUGGGGGGUCUCCAAGCCAGGAAGAGCCCGUGAAGGGGGGGGGUCAGAAAUAUUGGCAGACAUGAGAUAGGGAGCGCUUUCAAAGGGAGGGAACGAGCAUAGGCGUACCCCAAAUAACAUUGAGGGGUGGGGCUUAAUUCCGUACGCAUAAAAAUGAGCGAGCAAGAAA